AUGGAUUUAAGAAACUUUACUUCAAAUCCCAAUCAGUUGGAUAUACAACGCAGACCUUCCUUGAGUUCGUUGUCCACCACCUCAGGAUACGGCUCCUCCACGUAUGGUGCCAAUGGUCAUUCUAACGGUGCUACACCGCAGUUGAAUGGUCAUAACUCUCGGACAAAUGCCAAAAACUUGAGCUUUGGAGACAUCAACUCUUCUACCGCUACUCCUAAUGCCUGGUCCAGUGGCGAAAACAGCUUGAAUGAUGUUGCCCCUUGGGUUGAACAGCAGAAACAGCACCAGUCGAAGGUUGGUUCUUUGGAUAUUGAAAAAGAUAAGAAAGAUAAAAAGUCGGAAAAGUCCAAGGACAGAAACGGAGAUGAUGGUCCGAAAGCGAUCAAGGACGACGAUUCUUUUGAUGAUGACCAUGACGAUGAUCUUAUUCCUACUGCCAUUGUGAUUAAAAACAUUCCUUUUGCUAUAAAGAAGGAACAGUUAUUGGAUGUUAUGACCAAAUUAAGCUUGCCUUUACCUUAUGCUUUUAACUACCACUUCGACAACGGGGUGUUUAGAGGUUUAGCAUUUGCUAACUUUACUUCCACUGAUGAAACUUCGUUAGUGGUCAACCAAUUGAAUGGCCGUGAAAUCGGUGGCAGAAAGUUGAGGGUUGAAUAUAAAAAGAUGCUCCCAGCGCAAGAAAGAGAAAGAAUUGAAAGAGAAAAAAGAGAAAAGAGAGGUCAAUUGGAAGAACAACAUAGAUCAAACUCCAAUGCCUCUUUAGCUUCUUUAAUGUCUACCACUUCUACCACUGCUGCCACCAAAAACUUGAGUGUUAAUGGUAGUAAUGCUUCGCAGCCAGAAAGAUUGUUUAUGAGCUUACCUUCGCAAACUCUUACCGCUCCAAUUCCAAAUGAUGUGAACUUCAAUGACAUUGAAACUUUAGAAUUAUACACACAAUUGGUGGUGUUCAAAGAUGAUAAUACCAAGACCAUCAUGGAAUUAGCGUACCCUCCAAAUUUGGGCAUUGCCCAAAGAAAGCUCUUGUCGAGCUUAUGUUCUUGGUUGAACUUGUUGGAAUUAUAUGAUAACGGGUUGAUUAUUAUUAGAAGAAAACCUGGCCAACUGUUCCAGGUCUUGGAUAUUGGACCUGUCACCGCUGAAGCCCCUGUCGCUCCCACCGCCGCUGCUUCAUCAAACCCAACAGGCUCGAUGCUCAACUUGAACCAUUUGGGUCAGACCAACGGAAUGGGAUCCAUUAAUGUUCCAGGAUCCAUUCCCCCUCAAGGCCAUGGACAUCCCGAGUUAUUGAGGUCCCAUUCGCAGUCAGCUCUUCCCUUGCCACGGUUGAGACAACAGAACUCGACCCCCAUUCAAGGUCAGUUUCCUCAGUACUCAGCAAAUUCUUCGAGUGGGUCCAAGUCGUUGUACCAAAGCAUUCAACCAUUUGGGUUCAUUCCAGCCAACCAACCAAAUUUGUUACCAACUCAGUUGAGCUCGAACUCUAACUUUAGUCCCUCCACCAGUGCUGCUGCGAUUUUGAGAAACGGUACCACCACCUCAAGACCUCCAUACGGAGAUAUUCGUUCCACUCCUCCUUUGAACUCUUUUGGUACCGAAUCUCCUACUCCAACUCCUCAGCAGACUCACUCCAGCUUAUUCAAUCCUGGCAGCAACAGUGGUAGCAAUAGUGGCACCUCACCCGCCAAUCCAAGCUCGAGUCAACCUUCAACUCCGUUGCAAUCGCACGACAUUAAUUCGAGAUUCGCUCCGUUUGGCCAACACCCUCAGGCCGGCGGAAGUUUGAGCUCUUUACCUCGUCAUGGCGACGAAUUUAAUGAUUUAUCCGGGAAAUUUAACACGAUCAGUCUUAACUACGAUGCCUCAACUGCCAGUAAUUCUGGAUCAGGGAUUUGGGGUCCCAAGUAAUCACCACUCCCAGUUGUUCUUUCCUCCCAAAAAACCCCCUCCAAUGAUAUUCAACCAAUAAUGUAUAAUGAUUAUGUGUGAUGAUUACGAUAAUUAUGAUAUGUAUACAACACGAAUCCCCAUGAAUAUUUAUCCUAUGAAAAUAAUGAAAUAAUGUGCUUUUAUAGAUCGUUAUAUAUCUAACCUGUUUAUGUAUUUAUUCAACUCCAUCUGCUUAAUGGGAAUAAAAACAAUUGUCUACCCUUUCAC